AUGUUAAAACAAUACAUGCCUGGUAUUACUAUUUCGAUGAAAAGCCAAAUGUUGCCGUCGAUACUUUGGUCAUUUCUGCUACCCCAAAUGUUGCAAACGGAAAAGGUUCAAACGUCCCGAGUUGUUCGACAGACAACGACUUCGCACGGUCGUUCUCGCAGUGGCUACAAAGCAGUUGUGGCGGGGGAAAAUCUCGUAAAAAAAUCGGACAUUUCAGUAUCGAGAGCCUUGAAGUUUGUAAAAUUGUGCUGCGACCAGAGUGCCGAGGCGGAAGAUGACGUGCUCUCCUCUACCAAUUUCAUCGACUACAUCUUGGGAUGCCCCCAGCUUUUGACAAAUUUUGUUGACAGUCUGGACACAAAAUGGGGUAUUGGACAAUCUGGACAGAUUGCUUACGUGACAAGCAUAUCGGACUUACUGGAUUUUCGAAAGUUCAAUUCACCGCCCUCAUCUGUUCUUCAAAACUUUGCCGUAACCGAGGUUUAUGUGAAGAGAGCACGAAAGUGUUUGGCGAAGGACAUGCGAUCAAAUUGGACAACUGAUUUAUACAUAGAAACGCUGGAAUCGCAUCGAAGUUGGGCAAGCCUUCCGUGA